AUGCUUGCAAAGUCUCAGACAGCACCAGACAAUAAAGAAUUGCGACUCCUGCGGCCCAAGAAGGACCGGACGCGUCCUACACACAUCACGUUGACGCGUGUGACGCGUGACAACCUCGGCAAAAGCGACGAUUGGCUCAUCAAACCUCUGAAACUCGAGAACGCGACAAUGACACCCUCAGAGACUGCGCCUCUACUCCGCCAAGAAUCCACGACAUCGUAUGCCCCGGACGAAGAACACGAUGACGUUACGGCGACGCGAAACACCUUUGCUCGCAAUCUUGGUGCGCUGGAUGGGUUCGCGCUGCUGAUAAGCAUCGUCAUCGGCUCGGGAGUGUUUUCAUCGCCUGGGCCUAUCGAUGCGAACGUUCCGUCACCUGGUGCUGGACUCCUCGUAUGGCUAGUUGGUGGAGUUUUAGCAUGGACAGGUGCUUUGACAAUGGCUGAACUGGGUACCGCAUUCCCCGGAGAAGGCGGAAUCCAGCCUUAUCUCACCUACAUCUAUGGCGACGUCUUUGGAUACAUGGCUGCUUGGUCUUGGGUAGUGGCCACCAUGCCUGCUACCCUUGCUAUUCUCAGCAUAGUAUUUGUGGAGUCCAUUUACUCCAGUUUGGGCGUGAACGAACCAGAUCCGCCUCUCACCCACAAGCUAUUGUCUCUACUUGUCUUAGUAUUUGUAACGACGUUGAACUCCAUUAGCACCAAGACAAGUACUCGGCUGUCUAGUUUCUUCGUCGCCAUAAAGCUGCUUACCAUUUUUCUCCUUAUCGUAUCUGGUUUAGUGGUCGUCUUUGUCUUUGUCGGUAAGAGUAAGGACCUUGGAGGUCGCGAUUGGCAUCAAAAUAAUUGGUUCUCUCCAAGAGACACCAUACUGCCCGAUGGGUCGAAAUUCGAUUGGACGAAAGUGACUACGUGGGAGUCACUCGGCUUUUACAGUACAGCGUUGUACGGAGCUUUGUGGGCGUAUUCCGGCUGGGACAAGGCGAAUUACGUCGCGGCAGAAUUGCGUCAACCCAGUCGCCAACUACCACUUUCCAUCAAUACCGCUAUACCCACAAUCAUACUAUGCUAUGUCGCCGCCAACGCUGUCUACUACGUUCUUCUCCCUUGGAAGGUAGUGUCGACAACGGAUGCUGCUGCUGUGACAGCUGUUACCCACUUCCUUGGCAAGGGAGUAGCUUACUUCGCUACCGCGCUCAUAUGUCUCGUCAUUGCAGGCUCCGCCCUUGGAAACUCCUUCGUGGCUGGUAGGAUGACCGUCGCAGCAUCUAACAACAAUUGGUUCCCGCAAAUUCUCGGCACAGUCGGUCGCGUCGGUACUCUGAAGGUGACUAAACGCGCCGAUUCGAGCGAGGCAGCUGACACGGCUAUGGAUGAUGGAGAGUCACCAAUCAACGCCCUCAUACUCAACACUGUCCUCUCGGCAGUAUACAUUCUACUCGGCAACAUGCGCAUCUUACUGACUCUCAAUGGCCUUGCCGAGUAUGCUUUCUUCUUCCUCACGGUUCUCGGCGCAAUUAUAUUACGAUUCCGCGAGCCUGAUCUACCCCGGCCUGUGAAACCGUUCAUUCUCAUCCCUAUACUGUUCGCUAUAAUCAGCGGUUUCGUCGUAAUCAGAGGCGCAGUAUUCGCGCCCGUUCAAGCAGCGAUCCUUGUAGGAAUAUGGCUCUGCGGUCUUGUAUUUUACUUCAUCCGGCUAUGGGUUCUGAAGAAGAGGGAUGGAAGAUGA